AUGCGCACCAUGUCUGGCAUGUUUCCCGGUCGACGGCUUAAGCAAUGUGCCUCAGAACAUGCUUUGAAGCUCGAGGGUGAGACCUCGUCAGCCCAUGUUUCAUCCGCUCUUCUAGUGAUGACCUUCGUGGAGAUGCGUGUCACCGGCCUGGCGGGAAUGCUUUGCACCCUGACCAUCCAGCCAGAGGAAAGUUGGAGCCUGGUAGACCUACAGGUGGCCAUAGAGCGAGCCACCGACAUCCCACGCUGGGAGCAGCAACUGAUCGCAGGCACGGUGGAACUGACGGAGCGCACCUUUGCAAGCCAUUUCCCUUCGGACCUCACAUUGCUCCGGCAGACCUUGCCUGCCGACGAAUGGCGGCAGAUCGUCGAGCGGAACGCAGAUGCCUUUAAGUUUGCCCCGCCCUGCGUGAAGCAAGAUCGCGAUGUAGCUCUCCAUGCUAUCUCGCAGGCAGGUCACUCUUUAAAGUAUGCCACCUCUCUUCAAGGAGACCGUGGAGCAGUGAUCGCUGCCGUGCAGGAGGCGGGCUCCGCACUGCAAUACGCAGCAGAGCAUUUAAGGUCAGAUCACGAAAUUGUCUUGGCUGCAGCAAGGAAUGAUGCGAAAGCUCUUGCUCAUGCAUCAGGGCAGCUCCUUGAGGAUCGGCGAUUCCUCCUGUCUGUCCUUCGUCGGAACAGUCAAGCGUAUCCAAUACUUCCAAGCCAACUCCACGACGAGCUUGACUUUGCGUUGGCGGCAGCAGAGCAGAACGGCGACACGCUCGCACACAUGAAGGAAGACUUCCGCCAUGUUCCUGCUCUUGUUGCUGCAGCCGUGAAGCAAAAUGGCCUCGCUCUUAGACAUGCACCUCCAUGGCUGCGGGCAGACCGCGCGUGUGUUUUACUAGCAGUCUCGGAAAAUGAAGCGGCCUUGCAGUACGCGGAAAGCACGCUGCAAGCUGACAAAUCUCUGGUUUUGAGCGCGAUCCCAGAGACCGGGCUGGGCUUGGCGCUGCAGCAUGCAGCGGAGGACCUCUUGCAGGAUUGGGAUUUUCUGUUGGAUGCUAUUCAAAAGAAUCCUGAUGCUCUGCUCCACUCGCCAGCAGAGGGCCUGCACAACAGCCGCAGCUUUAUGAUAGAAGCUGUACGAAGGAACGGAGGGGCUCUCAAGAAUGCAGGUCCGCACCUGCAAGCGGACCGUGAACUGGUAAGAACAGCAAUCCGGCAUCAAAGUGCAGCCUUUUUGAGUGCAGCAGCUAGCCUGCAGACCGAGCCUGGAUUUGUGGCAGAGGCGCUUGAUGUCAACGGACUUGUCAUGGAACACUUAGGCCAGAGGUUUUCCCAUGACCAUGCAAUGGCACUGCGUGCCGUUCGGCAAAACUGGAAAUCCAUCAGAUUUGUGCCCCUGCCCCUCCGCAAAGAUCUAGACAUUAUCCUUGCAGCGGUCCGACAAAACGGCAUGUCGAUACGUUAUGCGGCAGCAGAUGCGCUGGACCCUGCAACCGCCCUGGAAGCAGUCCAACAAGACUGGCGCUCACUGCAGUUCCUUCCCCCCGUCUUGCGUGGCAAUCGAGAAAUUGGGCAAGCUGCAGUGAAUCAAGACCGUCAUGCAUUGCACUACCUGUCUCUUGAUCUUCAGGUGCUUCUGGGCAGCAACUGCAAAGGUCAGAACGACUUGCUCCAAGCAGAUCCUGGCAAUGCAGCACAAGCCUUGCAGGCAUAA